CAUUAUUUGUUUUCAAAAGUGAAGCAGUGUAGUUUUCUUCAAUUCAAUAAUCAAACUUCAAAGAAAUGUUAGAAAUCUGGAUGAAAUGCCUCCUAGAUAAAUAUGUUGAUAAAUAGUUAGAUUGGUGUUAUAGUUAUCCUGUGUUACAACUUACAAACGCGUUCGCAGCAUAUAAUACGGCAUACUAACAUGGCUGAAAAUAAACAACAAAGUAUUACAACGAAAGAACGAAUUGCUCGAUGUUUAGAAUGGCUAAAGACGCAGAAUAAUCCGAAAAAGCUAUCUUUACAAAAUAAAAAUGAUAUUCAAUUUAUCAUCGAAACAAAUGCACAUCGAAAGAAGUUCUUUUUAACUGCUGAAGAUGACGCGACUGUACCGGCGGGAGUUGAUGACAUUGAGCUCGAACCAAGAAAUGUGCCUGUAAAAUAUUUACGCACACAACAGCUUUGUUUGGAGUGUGAGUGGCCAUCUUGCCGUCUAUUUUUCUCCAAUUAUAUUGCAUUUCAAGUGCAUGUGACCAGCCAUGUGGGGAAUGUACAUGUUAUAGAGAAGGAUGGAGAGAUUGAAUAUGUAUGUUUAUGGGAUGUCUGUGGGCACAAGACAACAGACAAAUAUGAGAUUGUUCGUCACAUAAACUAUCAUGCGUAUCAUGCUAAGCUGUUAGCGAUAGGAUUUAAUGCAAGAGCCACUUUAAAACUGGAGAGAUGUAAGAAAGAUUCAACGAAAAGAAAUGUACUUCCGCCCUUGAAGGGUGACCAUGUUUGCAUGUGGUAUGAAUGUAAAGAAUAUUUCAAUUCUAUGCAGAACUUUCUCGACCAUGUCAAAGAGCACAUAAAGAGUUAUGACAUAAAGGAGAUGGUUUGUUCAUGGGCGGGGUGUGGAAUGUCAUUCUACCACCGCGGCAUGUUCGCUACACAUGUGAGAUCACAUACGGGGGAGCGGUUGAUUGCUUGCUAUCAUUGUGGACAUCAUUUUGCGCUGAAUAGAAAGCUGUUGAACCAUCUUUUGAGACAGAACGUGGACCCAUCGCUCGGGCAGCAGUGCUCGAUAUGCAAGCAGUACUACGCGACCGCGUACCUGCUGCGCGAGCACGUGCGCCAACACGUGUCGUGCUACGCGUGCUCCAUGUGCGACAUGUCCUCGCCCUCCAAGACCGGGCUCGCGCAGCACAUCCGCUACCGGCACAUGCGUGACGAGCACGUGCGCACGCACCAGUGUGCGCUGUGCGACCACAGUGCAAAAACGAGCCACGAUCUCAAAAAGCACAUGGUGAUCCACAAAACAAAAAACCCGGAAGACUCUGACGACUCAGAUUAUCCGAAGAAAAAGCCGCGCGAAAAGAGGCAGUACAUUUGCCAUAUGUGCCCAAACAACAAGCGGGUUAUAUUCAGUAGGGGCACGAGGUUAACUACGCACUUGGUGAAACAUCAUGAAGCAAGAUGGCCCUGUGGGCAUAGCCGAUUUAGGUACCAAAAAAGCGAAGACGGUUUCUACAGACUGACAACAACAAGAUUUGAAGUUCUAGAAAUUUCUAAGAAGAUCGUGGAUGGCUACCAAGGUCCUAAAGCAACGCUCACUAACAAAUUCAAUUUUGAUAUCAAACCAGUUGCAGACGCAACUGCGAACACUCCCAAAAGAUUUGAAAUAACACUCAAAAAUGCAGUUAACGAAGCCUCUGACGACGAUUCUGAUAUAAGUGAAAAUAUUAAAAACAAUGACGAAAUUAAAGAAAAUACAGACAAAGAUAAAAAUAAAUUAAAAGAAGAACAAACAGUUGUCACAGAAAUUGAAAAUCAAGACCCAAAAGGAGUUAAAAGAAAAAAUGACAGACAAGUAAAAGAAAAGAAAAGAGUUCCAAGUAAAAAGGUGAAAGUAAAAGAAGAAAAAGUGGAUAUUGAAGAAUAUUCGAAAUCUGGUAUGCCAGAAUUGCAAAAUCUAGCACAGAAUAACUCUUUAGUCAUAGAAAUGUGUGAUAUUGAUGAUCAAGGGAAUAUUAUUAAAACAGAAACUAUUGAAUCUAAUAUUAUGUAUGGUUAUGACUCUGAAAAACUAUCAGAGAAUGUUUUUUUUGAAAAAUAAGUGGAUUAUGAAAUAAUUAAUUAUGUGUAUUAUGUACAGUGGAAUCCGUUUAUAAUUACACUAGCUUUCCGCUCGCGGCUUCGCCCGCGUUUUCAAAGAAAAACCCGCUCCCGUAGGAUUUCCGGGAUAAAAACUAUCCUAUGUCCUUUCUCGGGUAUC